GUUCGCCAGUACUGAAACGAUAAGUGGCUGACUUGGAGAGGGGAAGGCAGGGCAAGGGGGUCCAUCUUGGCCGUGAAAACGAAACAAACAAAACUAACAAGGGAAGCCAGAUCGAUAGCUUCCCCAUUACUGCAUCCCCCCCAUUCUCGCAUCGUCGUCGACGUUGUGGGGUAGCCCCGGGAAGAGCUUGCUUUGUGGGCCGCUUGUAGGAUGUCCCGUCAUGAGGGUGUGAGCUGCGACGCUUGUUUGAAGGGAAACUUUCGGGGAAGACGCUUCAAGUGUCUCAUCUGCUACGACUACGACCUUUGCGCCUUGUGCUACGAGAGCGGCGCCACCACCACGCGACACACCACAGAGCACCCCAUGCAGUGUAUAUUAACCAGGAUAGACUACGAUUUGUAUUAUGGCGGCGACACCUUCUCGCUGGAGCAGCACCAGGCAUUCACGUGUCCUUACUGCGGCAAGAUGGGCUUCACGGAGACGUCUUUGCAGGAGCACGUCACCGCCGAGCACCCGGAGACCUCCACCGAGGUGAUCUGUCCAAUAUGCGCAGCCUUGCCCGGGGGGGAUCCCAACCACGUCACAGAUGACUUGACAGCCCACCUCACUCUUGAGCACAGAGCACCCAGAGAGUUAGACGAGUCCAGCAGCGUCCGGCACGUGCGGCGGAUGUUCCACCCCGGCCGGGGACUGGGCGGCACCCGAGCGCGACGCACCAACAUGCACUUUACCGGCGGCUCCGCCGGCGGUCUGUCCUCAACUACGUCGUCAUCACAGAGCUCCACCUACACGCCCAGCAACAGGGAGGCCAUGGACCCCAUUGCAGAGUUGUUGUCACAGCUGUCGGGCGUGCGACGCGCGGCGGGCGGCCAGAUCAACUCAUCGGGGCCGUCGGCCUCGCAGUUGCAGCAACUCCAGAUGCAGCUGCAGCUAGAGCGGCAGCAGGCGCAAGCGGCCCGCCAACAGGCGGAGACGGGCCGCCACGCCGCCCGGCGCGGUAACAAUUCGGCCAAUACCACCAACUCGGCCACCGCCGCCAUCCUGCCCCCCAGCGCGGCCGCCACCAACACGGUCGCGCCGGCCGAAAGCAACCACCACUCGUCCUUGACCCACAACUCUCAGUUUCUAUUAGCACGGCUGAACGAGCCCAAGAUGACCGAGGCGGAGCGUCAGCUGGCGGAGGGCGAGCGCGCCGACCGCAGCCUGUUUGUGCAGGAGCUGCUGCUGUCCACGCUCAUGCGUGACGAGAGCUCGUCGUCCGACGAGGAUGAGCGGCGGGACUUCGCCGACUUCGGCGCCAUGGGCUGCGUGGACGUCAUGCCGCUUGACGUGGCGCUGGAGCACCUGCAGCUCCGUGAAAGAGCCUCCGCCGCCAAGGAGCCUCCGCCGCCGCCUCUUUGAUGUCCAGGCGGUGCGCAGACUCUGUCCUACCUGCUGCAACUGUCAGUGAUGGAUGCCCCCCCCCCCUUUCCCUCCCAAAAGACCUUCAUCCCAUACUGUUUUUUUUUUUUUUGGGUGGGGUGAAUGUAAUGUCAGGCAAUUUUUUUGUUUUUACAUGUAAGCAAAACUCUAAGGAGCGGCAUACAUGACAUGAGGGACAACAUUUUAAUUGUGGCCACGAUACAUAGAAUAACUUGGAUAAAAUACGUAUUGAGGGGCCACAAAACUGCUGCACACAAUGUUUGCAACAAAUACUAAAUUGUGGCCCCAGAAUAUGCACAACAUACUAAUUUAUGCCCAUAUAAGGGGCGCAUGAAGUACUCAUUUGGAGCUGCAAAAUAAGUACAAGUUCCACAAAAUGCUUAGUUGUGUCCACAAAAUCCUAAUUUGUAGCCAUGAAGUGUAACGUGCCGUGAAGGUAAUCAUGCACAUGUAAAACUAUUCUAAGGCUGUAUAAGGUGCGCACGAUAUACUUGUUUGUAGCCACAACAUAAUUACAACGUGUGCACAAAAAUAAUUUGCGUCCGUGAAAUAAAAUGUUUACAGCAGGGGGUCACUAUCUUUCUUGAAACUCGGGGCUACUAGGGUGAUGCAAAGGGCUACCAAUUUGCACAAUUUCAUUUAAAAAAUAGUCGCGUUAGCUGCAAAUAGUGAAUAUCUGCUUGAAGUUUCUAGAGAAACUGCUUGAUUUCAUAUCAUUUUCCAUUCACAUUUUGUUCGUAUGUUAUACCUGUAUUCUAGCCACAAUUUAAAUCCCAUACCUCCCGCCUAUGUCAUGUCUGGGGCUCCGUGAACGUAAACCAGAUUAAGUGGGGCUCAACAUAGGAACGGAGUGAGUGAGUGUUCAGAUAUAUAUCUAUAAAUAUAUAUGAAAAAUAUAUGAAGGUGAUAAUCAUUCAGUGCCCCCACCUCCCGCCAUCAGUGAUACUUGACAGCCAUCAACAGUUGCUACCUAUGGGAUGCGGCUCCGAACCCUCACUAUUCUCACCCGUAGACCCCCUCCCCAAAAUAUACCCUCUUCACCUAUAAAUAGCCCCCCCUAGCCCUUAUUGACAAGCCCAGAGGACAUGGGGCCUCCUCUGCCCAAGCUGCUGUGUGUGUUUCUGACUAUUAUCAAUAAAAAAAAAAAGUGCUCGGAUGGGUUACCGUUUUAACUACUGCAUGCGGUUCUUUGCGGCGUGCAUGAUGUUUAAUCAUUAAAAAAAAGGAAAAGAAUCCCAAAGCUGACACGCUAACUCUGGUUAACUUUUCUCGAAUGCCUCUAAAAUCUCGAGAGCUUUUUGUUCAUGAAGAAAGCCGCGUCUGAAUACGCACGUCGGAAGGAAAAGUCACAAAAUUGUAUAGUGAGUAGACACCGUGUACAAUAAUCCAUAGACGAGUGCUUGUGUCUGUUAACUUGUUUUGUUUCUUUCACUUUUUUUUUUGAUCUUUCUGCUAAGGCUAGCACUUUGUAUUUAUUCAUGUUUGUUACGGAGCCUUGACAAAUCUAGCCGCCUUCGACGUCGACCCUCCUGUGUACAAUACAUCGGGUUGUAUAUUGAAUUUUUGUGGCUUUAACAAUGGGUCAAAGAUACGGGCGGACGUUUCUUCUUUUUACUUAAAUGUGCAUUUAGAGUACAAAUAAAUCCAAAAUAUGCUCAGCUUUUGAUGAAACCAA